UGACCUCGAACAUCACCACCAGUUGUGGACCAAAUUCGUAACAUUUCGGAAUAUGGGCGCAGCUGCGCCCCUAGCGGCGGCUGCAGUCGGUAGUUUUGGAAAUAACGAAGAUAACCUUUUUUUUGGUGCAACUUACAAAUUAAUCGGUUCAGAAAUAAAUAAUUUGUAGUAAAUUCCAUAGCAUGAAAAAAUGGGUUUUCUUUGAGACACGCGACAUUAUCUUGAAGUGAGACACGCACUUUCACAGAUAUUACUUUUAAAUUACUUGAACCAAAAGUCACUUGUGAUAGUUGUGUAUCACUUUCAAGCUGAGAUAUAAACAAUUUCACCAUCUUAAAUGGAGCCAGACACGAAGGAAAAUGUUGCAGAAGAAAAGCCCAAAACCGUUAAGGAAACGUUGUUGAAUGUUGAUUACUGGAAACUACGCUGGGCACAGAGAAAAGUAGCCUUUCAUAGCGCCAAUGUUCAUAAAUUGUUGGCUGUAUACAAUGAUCGGUUGCUGGCGGGAAGAGAACACAUCAAGAUAUUCUUUCCUAUGUGUGGGAAAGCUGUGGACAUGAAGUGGGUGUAUGACCUGGGUCAUGAUGUGGUUGGAGUGGAUGGAAGUGAGAUACCUAUUAAGGAAUUCUUUGAAGAAAGUGGUCUAGAAUAUACUGUUGAGCCACUGACAACUAUUACAGGCAAUCGUUACAAGACUACUGAUGGCAGAAUCCAAAUAUUUGAGUGUGAUCUCUUUGAUUUCAACAAAGACCUUGCUGGACAGUUUGAUGCUAUUUGGGAUAGAGGAGCCUUGGUUUCUGUAAACAAAGACCAACAAAAACGAUUCGCAUCAUUAUUAGAGACUCUAAUGGCACCAGGAUGUCGCCAAUUGCUGUGCAUUAAAUCAUUUGAUGAUUCUAACUGGCCAGGUCCACCUCAUGUUGUUCGUGAAAAUCAAGUUUGUGAUCUCUAUGGUGAUAAAUGCACUGUAGAAAAAGUGUGUUCUGUGGAUUCUUUCGAAGAACAGCACAAGUCUUGGGGAAUUACCGAGCAGAAUGAAGACCUCUAUCUAAUCAUUGUGAAAUAGAGAAAUGGAGUUUUUCAACAUUUUAAAACUUAAACUACAUUUUACUGACACCUAACCAACUCAGUAAAUUCAGCCAAUUUAUUUACUUUACAUUUAUUUGUACCAAUACACCCCUUGGGUUAUUGUGUAAAAUAACACAAAAGAACACACAAUAGGGCAUAAAUAAAAUGACAGUUGUGGUAAGUUUUGAGUCGAUAUUGCAAAA